AUGUCCAUUACAUUAAUAAUUUUAUUGUUGCUUUCUUAUAACGAGGCGGCUAAAAUAUUAGCUGUAUUCCCAGCACCGUCUAUCAGUCAUCAGGUAGCGUUUCGUCCUCUUACUCAAGAACUUGCCAGGCGAGGACAUGAAGUCACGGUCAUCACGCCAGAUCCUGCCUUCCCCAAAGGAGAAGCACCACCUAACCUAAGAGAAAUUGACACACAUGGCAGUUACGAAUUUUUGAAAGUACUACACGAAGAAAUAGCUACAGGCCGCGGUGACAUAGUUAAACAGAUACAAACAGCUAUGCUAAUGAUGGUUGAAGUUUUUGGAUACCAAAUGAAAAUGGAUGAAGUGCAAAAUAUAUUGAAAGAGAAAUUCGAUUUGCUCAUGUUGGAAGCUUGUGUGAGAACAACAUUAAUACUGACACACGUUUUUAAGGUUCCAGUGAUACAAGUGUCUUCGUUAGGGGUUAUGGGUUUUAAUGUGGAUCAAAUUGGAGCAGCCUGGCAUCCUUUGCUGUAUCCCACCAGUUUAACUCAACGAAGUUAUAAUUUAACCACUUGGGAAAAAUUAAAAGAACUGUACAAUGUUUAUAAAUUAGACAAAAUAAUGAAAGACCUUGAAACAGAUGAUAAUGAAAUGGCUAAAAAGCUUUUUGGACCCAAUGUACCUCAUAUAAGGGAAUUGACUAAUAAUAUUGAUAUGUUAUUUCUGAAUAUAAAUCCCAUAUGGGAAGGGAAUCGCCCAGUUCCUCCCAAUGUUAUUUAUAUGGGUGGAUUGCAUCAGAAGCCAGCAAGUGAAUUACCUAAGGAUCUCAAAACAUACUUGGACUCUUCAAAGAAUGGAGUGAUAUACCUCAGCUUUGGUACAAAUGUACAACCUUCACUAUUACCUCCAGAGAAGGUACAAUUAAUGAUCAAAGCAUUCUCUGAGCUACCUUACGACGUGCUGUGGAAGUGGGACAAAGAUGAGCUCCCCGGACGUACUAGCAACAUUAGGAUAUCGAAGUGGUUGCCACAGUCAGACCUUUUAAGACACCCAAAGGUGAAAUUAUUCGUUAUGCAAGGAGGUCUACAAUCAACAGAUGAAGCUAUAACAGCAGGAGUACCUCUGAUUGGUAUCCCUAUGUUAGGCGAUCAAUGGUUCAAUGUAGAAAAAUUCGUUUAUCACAAAAUUGGAGUGAAGCUUGUUUUUUCUACACUAACGUUGGACAAAUUCAAGGAUGCUAUUAAUACGGUCAUUGGAGAUGAAAGUUACCGUCAGAACAUCAUAAAACUUGGUGGCCUGAUGCGUGACCAGCCGAUGCAACCAUUGAAUCGUGCGGUGUGGUGGACGGAGUACGUGCUGCGUCACGGCGGCGCGCGACAUCUGCGCUCUCCCGCCGCUAACAUGUCGUGGACGCAGUUCGUCGAACUAGAACUAGUUUUAACUGUAGUUACGACUGUACUCAGCAGUCUUCUAGUAUUGGUAGUGCUCAUGUGUUACUUGUGGAAACAUUUUACCCCAACAUCUAAACAUAAAAAAAUAAAGAAGCUCUACACUUCGAAGGACUUGGAAAGUUUUCAUUUUGAUUAUUAUAGUAAUCUGAGCUUCUGCGCGAUAAUGUCUAUUUCUUUAGUUUUAUUCUUGUUAUCGUUUUCCUAUAACGAUGCAGCUCGAAUACUGGCAGUAUUCCCAGUUGCAUCAAUCAGUCAUCAAGUAACAUUCCGACCUCUUACUCAAGAACUUGCCAAGCGAGGACAUGAAGUCACGGUCAUCACACCAGAUCCCGCCUUCCCUGAAGGAGGAGCACCAGCUAAUCUCACAGAAAUUGAUGUCCACUUCACUUACGAAUACAUGAGAAAAUUUUACAAACUAUCUUCUUCUGCAGAAGGCGAUGUUGUUAGUCAGAUGAAAUUCGCAUUUGAAAUGAUGAUUGAAGCCUUUGAAGUUCAGAUGAAGAGUGAAGGUGUGCAAAAAGUAUUAAAGGAAGGAAAAUUUGACUUGCUUUUAGUAGAAGCUUGCGUGCGACAGGCAUUGGUUCUGUCACAUGUUUUUCAAGUACCAGUUAUUCAAGUAGCUUCAGCUGGACCAACGAACUUCAAUCUAGACAGUUUUGGUACCGCUUGGCAUCCACUGCUGUACCCUCUUCCUUUUUCACAGCGCGUUUAUAACUUGACAAACUGGGAGAAGUUGACAGAAAUAUGGAAAUUCUAUCAACUAGAAGACAUAUUUAAUAAAUGCGGAGAAAAGGAAGAUGAGGCGAAUCGAAGGGUAUUUGGACCAAAUGUGCCGUCUGUAGCAGAGCUAGGGAAUAACGUGGAAAUGUUGUUUUUAAAUGUUCAUCCUUUUUGGGAAGAUAAUCGUCCCGUUCCUCCUAGUGUUAUUUACACGGGUGGAUUGCAUCAGAAACCGGCGCAGGAACUACCGAAGGAUUUAAAGUCUUAUUUGGACUCUUCAAAGAACGGUGUGAUAUACAUCAGCUUUGGCACAAAUGUACAACCUUCACUGCUACCUCCUGAGAAGGUACAAAUACUGGUCAAAGUAUUCUCUGAGCUACCUUACGACGUACUAUGGAAGUGGGACAAAGAUGAGUUCCCCGGACGUUCUAGCAACAUUAAGAUAUCCAAGUGGCUGCCACAGGCGGAUCUAUUACGGCAUCCAAAAAUAAAACUCUUCAUAACACAAGGAGGCCUACAAUCAACAGACGAAGCUAUAACAGCAGGAGUACCUCUGAUUGGUUUCCCAAUGUUGGGUGAUCAAUGGUACAAUGCAGAAAAAUAUGUCUAUCAUAAAAUAGGAAAACAAUUGAAUUUGGCAACAGUGACUGAAGAACAGUUUAAGAAUGCAAUAAAUACAGUUAUAGAGGAUAAAUCAUAUCGUCAAAACAUGAAAAACCUGAGAGAUUUGAUGCGUGAUCAGCCAAUGACACCGUUGGAGCGUGCGGUGUGGUGGACGGAGCACGUGCUGCGUCACGGCGGCGCGCGACAUCUGCGCCCUCCCGCCGCCAACAUGUCGUGGACACAAUACUUAGAGCUAGAACUAGUUCUUACUGUAGUUGCAACUGCCCUGAGCAGUCUUCUGUUAUUCGUAGUGCUCUUAAAUUACUCAUGGAAACAUUUUACCUCAGCACCAAAACAUAAAAAAGUAAAGAAACCGUAAAGUAAUUUUUUUGUAUACUAUGUAAAUGUAGUUUUUGUUAAUAAUGAAUUAUUUAUACUUUGAUGUUUGAAUUGCCAAAUAAAAAAAAACAGUAAUACGAACUUCCUUUAUUAAGAAAGUCUAUGAUAUAAAUAAAUAAAACCCUAAUUAUAAGAGAUAGAAAUGUAAAAUUAAAGAAAUAUUUUACAUUGAAA